UUGAGAAGUAUACAAAUCCGAAUUCUUGACUGAAGAUAUUCAAGAGAUCGGCGGAAAUGGCAAAUCUAUCAUUGCUGUUAUCAGUGAUUAUCGUUGCGAAUACGGUGAUUGCCGGCAUGCGCGCAGAUGAGGAUCUCAAUAUUACAGUCAAGCUACUGCAAGAGCAAGUGAGCGCAUUGUUGGAUCAUCGACAGGAGGAUUACAAUGCUUUGGAGGAGAGUCUGAAACAGGCAAUGGAGAAGAACACCGAACUCAUCGUCCUUAGGAACGAAGUGAAACAACUGAGGAAGGAAGUGAACGCUCUUCGCGGCGGAAGCGGCAACGAGGCGAAGAACGAGCGAUUGAGGGUGCGAUGGCUAGGCAGUGCCGUGACGGAACUGCAGAGCGAGGUCGCGGAGGUGCUCAGGACUCAGAACGCCAGCGAGGAGCUUGCCGAACGUUCAAGGAUGAGGAGCGAGCUAGCCCUGUUGAAGGGCGACGUCGCCGAGGUCGGUAGGAGUAUCCGCGAUCUUGGUGGAAGGAUCACCAAGAUCGAGGCCACCCUUGGUACCAUCAGGCUCGACAUCGCCGCGACCAAGGAACGCGCCAGUCUCCUAUCCCGCUCUUGCGCGGAUGUCAGUAGUCAGUUAAGCACGGUGCAGAUCGAGCUGAAGUCCCUGAAAUGCGAGUCCACGCUUCCUGGUCAGCGGCAGGAUCCACAGAAGCCGGAAUAUCACAACAAAGCCGAUAUCUUUCGCAACGAAGUAAGCGGAUCGCACGAAGUUACGUCAGCCCGAAGACACAGCUAUUCCCGUGCUCUGGCUCAUCGCGCUCGCCUCGAAGAACGACUACGUAACGUUGAGCGGAAAAUUUCCGUGGUAGCGCGGAGACGUGCGAUGGUGGAGAAGCGGGUGGUGUACGAAGAUCGUGAGCAUCUUGAGGAACGAGUAAAAAGCCUUGAGCUGGCACAGGUGGAGCUCUCGAAAAGAGUAUCCAAUGCCAGCCGAGAUCUGGUGUCGAUGAACGAAUUGGAUGAGUCAGUGGUACGACUAUACGAUUCCGUUCGUCUACUCGAAGAAGCCGUUUAUACCAAUCGUUCCGAAGUGAAGAGGGAACUGGCGAGACUGGAAAUAAAUGCGGCACGAAAGGCGGCCGAGCUGUCGUUGACCAGGGAAGAACUUGGCAAUCUUCGACGAGCGGUUCAGGCGUUGAGCGUGAGCGCAUCGCAGCUGCAAGAGAAGAGCGAUGUGCAGCGGAAGAGUCUGGACGCCUUAAAUGAGACUCUAAACCGACUGGACCUUUCUCAGAAUUUGGCUAAGGCGGUGAACGUCACGCACGAGCUAGAACAAGUAGAGGAUCAGUAUCGUCUCAUGGUAGAUUCCCUACCGGGAAAUUGCGAGGAACGCGACGGCUUGACUUUGCUGGCACCUGGUCCUGGAGCACCCCUGUUGGCUUCCUGCCGCGCCGGCUGGAUCGUUGUGGCCCGCAGAAUUGACGGCGCGAUUGACUUUGAUCGCACCUGGAAUGAGUACUCUGUUGGCUUUGGUUCACCAGUUAGCGAGUUCUGGAUCGGUAACGAGGCGAUGCAUCGGCUCACCCGCGACAACUGCAGUAGGCUGCGAAUUGAUCUGACUGACACCUACGGCGUGCACUGGCGCGCUGAGUACGAGCAUUUCACAAUAGAUUCCGAAGAGACUGGUUACCGGUUGCAUGUAUCCGGUUAUUCGGGCAAUGCAACCGACGCACUAUCCUAUCAAGACGGCAUGGCGUUCAGCGCCAAAGAUCGUGACAUGGACAUCAGCACUACCGACUGCGCGGCCAACUAUCGAGGUGGAUGGUGGUUCAGUCAUUGUCAACACGCCAAUCUCAAUGGUAGAUAUUCCUUGGGCUUGACGUGGUUCCAGUCGACGACCAAUGAGUGGAUGGCAGUCACAUCUUCCGAGAUGUUAGUGCAACGGAAACAAGAUUGUUGAUGAUACCGAAGUUUUUCACGUUCAUUUACGUUUAUUUGAAAAAUUCGCAUUGUUAAAAUAACUCUGACUGAUAAACAGAAAUCUUGAAAGUCCGUAAUUUAAUAAGCUGUGUAAUUUAAAUCGUGCACCUCGUACGUAAUCAGUU